CCAGACCUUGCCUCCCGGACACCCCGACGCUCACGUAGGCGGUGGCUCUGAUGCAGCGAGCGAGCUGGGGCGGGGGCUCCUCCGUGGCCCGGAAGGGUUCUAGCCUGUUCAUCUAGCCCAAUGAUGGCUGUGGACAUAGAAUACAGAUACAACUGCAUGGCCCCUUCCUUGCGCCGAGAGAGGUUUGCCUUCAAGAUCUCGCCAAAGCCAAGCAAACCCCUGAGACCUUGUAUUCAGCUGGGCAGCAAGGACGAAGCCAGUGGAAUGGUGGCCCCAGCCGUCCAGGAGAAAAAGGUGAAAAAGCGGGUGUCCUUCGCAGACAACCAAGGACUGGCCUUGACAAUGGUCAAAGUGUUCUCAGAAUUCGAUGACCCGUUAGAUAUCCCAUUUAACAUCACUGAGCUCCUAGACAACAUCGUGAGCUUGACGACAGCAGAGAGUGAAAGCUUUGUUCUGGACUUUUCCCAGCCUGCUGCAGAUUACUUAGACUUCAGAAAUCGACUUCAGGCCGACCACGUGUGCCUUGAGAACUGCGUGCUGAAGGACAGGGCCAUCGCGGGCACCGUGAAGGUGCAGAACCUUGCAUUCGAGAAGAGCGUGAAAAUAAGGAUGACGUUUGACACCUGGAAGAGCUUCACAGACUUCCCUUGUCGGUACGUGAAGGACACUUACGCUGGUUCGGACAGGGACACGUUCUCCUUUGACAUUAGCUUACCUGAGAAGAUUCAGUCUUACGAAAGAAUAGAGUUCGCCGUAUGCUACGACUGCAAUGGCCAGACGCACUGGGACAGCAACAGAGGCAAGAACUACAGGAUCAUCCGGGCGGAGUUAAAAUCCACUCAGGGCACGGCCGAGCCACCCAACGGACCAGAUUUGGGGAUAUCCUUUGACCAGUUUGGAAGCCCUCGGUGUUCCUACGGUCUGUUUCCAGAGUGGCCUAGUUACUUAGGAUACGAAAAGCUAGGGCCCUAUUACUAGAGACUGCAGGUGACAGAGCGUGGCAGAGCUGCCGCAGGCCUGGCUCCACCCACCGAGGGAUGGAGAUGGGAGCCAAGAGAAGAAUAAAGCGGAACUGCCGUUAGGCACAGUUUUGGAAAAGGAAGCAUCCUGUUCACUUUUUUCUUAAACCAGCAAAGCCAGCUGGGUCCAGAUCACAGAACCGGUUUCGCGCUCAGAGCAGAGGUGGCGUGUCCUGGUCCGCUUUGGCACCGUGGCAGCCAGGAGGGUGUGAGUAGGAUGGUGCCAGAAAGAGUCUGGAUGGGGACCAAGCCUGCACCAGUGCCCAUGAGGCUGGAGGAGCCUGAUCUCUCCUCUCCCGUCGGAUGUAGAACGUCAGUCACCCAGAAGUCGCUGAGCCCCCAGCCACCUCCCAGCAGACCUCGCUGUUCAUCUUUGAGUGUCUUCCAUCAGCCAGGCCUUUCCUGCAUGUCGCUGCUCUUCCAUGCCUGCACCUACUUCACAUAUCAUCUCUGUGCUGUGACACGCCGACCCCAUGUUGCACAUGUCUAAUGCAGCUACAGAAGAGAGACGGGAUCUGCUCCCUUUUUUUUUUUUGCAAGUUCGUUUUUUUGCAUUUUAUUUUCUUCCACGGUUCAUCCGAUGUUCGGGAAAAGAUAAUGAGGGCAAAUUAGCUUGUCACUGAGACAGGCAUUUCCUCUCCCCUCUUCCUGACCCAUGUAGAUAAGCCAGCGGAGUGCAACACAUCAGUUAUCCAAAGCCACUGGCCCCUGUGUAGUGUCACAGAUUGCAGGGUUGUGACAAGGUAGGACAGUCAUGAGUGGGACACUUUUAGCUUUUCCUCUUGGCUUUUGGGGGAGCUAAGUACUCACGUUUACCCUGAGUCAGCAGAAGGCUCAGUUACAAGAUUGAACUUGCUUGGCUGGUUUGCGACUGUCUCAUUCUUGACAAAAGAAUUUUAGGUCUCCUUUCCUGGAGCGUCAUCGUUUAUGCUGUGUUUAGGAUAUUUGAUUUGCAGAUCCUGUAUGUCUGCAAAGCCUUUGGAAAAUGUUUGGUUUUAUUUUGACUGUGAUUUACAAUAUCCAGGACAUUUUACAAGGACCCAGGGACAUUGAUUUGGGUGUUCUUAUUUAUGGUAUGUGAGUGUGUAAAGGGAUAGGGGAGAAAAACCUCACCACCUUCUUAUGUUAUUGUAAAUGUUUGCCAACUCUGAAAUAUCAGAGAUUAAUUGUUUUUAACCAUAUUGGACUGGAGUCUGUUGGUUCAUGUUAUUGUAAAAGAGACUGUUGGGAUAUUCAUCGUCGGAUGGGAUCCCCAAAAACCUGUGAUUUUCCUUGAGCAAGAUUGGUUUUUACUUAGGGGUGUUUUAAAAAUAUUUUUACAUACAUAUUUGUAGAAAGUUGGGGUUU